CUCAGAAAGGCUGCGCAGUAUUGGGACAGAAUGACCUUCCGGCCCUGAGUCCCUGGCUUUCUUGAGUGGCGAGCAAAAACAGCGAAUGGGCGAUCCGAUUCUGCGUGACGCGACGGGAAAAGGGGGAGUUCGCGGCCGGUGGCGGCGGUGGCGACAGUGGCGACCUGGGGAUAGAGCUGGAGGGACCUGGGGAACGUGCAGAGACCUCUAGCUCGAGCGCGAGGGACCUCCCGCCGGGAUGCCUGGGGAGCAGAUGGACCCUACUGGAAGUCAGUUGGAUUCAGAUUUUUCUCAGCAAGAUACCCCUUGCCUGAUAAUUGAAGAUUCUCAGCCUGAAAGCCAGGUUCUAGAAGAUGAUUCUGGUUCUCACUUCAGUGUGCUGUCUCGACACCUUCCGAAUCUCCAGACGCACAAAGAGAACCCUGUGUUGGAUGUUGUGUCCAAUCCUGAACAAGCUGCUGGAGAAGAACAAGAAAACAGUAAUAGUGGGUUCAGUGAACAUUUGAAAGACAAGUCUGCAGUCCCUGUGGAUUCUUCUCAUUUGGAUACAUGUGAUUCCAUCAGUCAAGUCAUUGAACAGUUACCUCAGCCAAACAGGACAUGCAGUGUUUUGGGAAUGUCGGUGGAAUCCACUCCUGAUGGAGAAGAGAAGGAAGAGUUGGAAGAAAAGGAGAAAGAGGAGGUAGAAGAAGAUAUUUCAGAAGAUACUACACACUCCUUUGCUGCUGAAGAUCCUGCUUCAUCACAGUUGGGCUUUGAGGUUCUGGAACUCUCCCAGAGCCAGGAUGUUGAAGAACGUACUGUUCCAUAUGAAGCAGAUAAGGAGCAUCUACAUUCAGUAACCACCAACUCUGGUUAUACCAGGCUAUCUGAAACAGACGCAGAUACUGCAGUUAAGCAUGAAGAACAGUCCAGUGAAGAUAUCCCUAUGGAAGAACAGCCCAGCAAAGACAUCCCUGUAACACUAGAGCCCAGUAAAGGUAUACAUGCACUAGAAGAGCAAAAUCUACCACCUACAAGGUCAGAAGACAUGUCUUCUAGUCCCAAAGUGUCUCUUCCUGCUGUGGAAACAAAAGAACAAAUGUGUGCUCAAGAACUUCUGGAAGGUGGACUGCAGGUUCAGAAGUCACCAGAGCCUGAGGUUUUGUCAACCCAGGAAGACUUGUUUGACCAUAGCAAUAAAACAGCUUCUGAUGAUUGCUCCACUCCUUCAAAGGAGGAAGGUGGGUGUUCUCUGGCUUCCACACCUGCUACCACUCUACACCUUCUUCAGCUCUCUGGUCAGAGGUCUCUUGUUCAGGAGAGUCUUUCCACGAAUUCCUCAGAUCUUGUUGCUCCUUCCCCGGAUGCUUUCCGAUCUACCCCUUUUAUUGUUCCUAGCAGUCCCACGGAGCAAGAAGGGAGAAAAGUAGAUGAGCCAGUGGAUAUGUCAGUGUUGUCUGAAGCAGGACAAGAGCCUUUUCAGAAAAAACUUCAAGGUGAUGAACCUGUGGAAAUAGAAAACGCCCCUCUCCCACCUGAGCCCAUUGUAUUACCACAAGCCUCAACACCAGUGUCUCAGAGCACACCAGUCUUCACUCCUGGAUCACUUCCAAUCCCAUCCCAGCCUGAAUUUUCUCAUGACAUUUUCAUUCCAUCACCAAGUUUGGAAGAAAGAUCGAAUAAUGGGAAGAAAGGUGGAGAUUUGCAUAGUUCAUCUUUGACUGUUGAGUGUUCUAAAACCUCAGAGAUUGAACCAAAGAAUUCUACUGAGGAUCUUGGGCACUCUUUGACAGGGGAUUCUUGCAAGUUGAUGCUUUCUACAAGUGAAUGUAGUCAGUCUCCAAAUAUGGAGAGCUUGAGUUCUCACAGGAUUGAUGAAGAUGGAGAAAACACACAGAUUGAGGAUACUGAACCCUUGUCUCCUGUUCUCAAUUCCAAACUUGUUCCUGCUGAAAAUGAUAGUAUCUUGAUGAAUCUAGCACAGGAUGGUCAAGUAGAACUGAGUCAGAAUGAUGCUAAAAUCAAAGGAGAUGACACAGAGAACAGAGAUGACAUUAGUAUUUUAGGCACUGGUUGCAGAGGCAGAGAAGAAACUGUUGCAGAAGAUGUUUGUAUUGAUCUCACUUGUGAUUCAGGGAGUCAGGCAGUUCCUUCUCCAGCUACUCGAUCUGAAGCACUUUCUAGUGUCUUAGAUCAGGAGGAAGCUAUGGAAAUUAAAGAACACCAUGCAGAGGAGGGGUCUUCAGGGUCUGAAGUAGAAGAAAUCCCUGAAACUCCUUGUGAAAGUCACAAAGAGGAGCCCAAAGAAGAAAAUAUGGGGAGUGUUCCUUUGCACCUCUCUCUGACUGAAAGUCAAUCCCAAGGAUUGUGUCUUCAAAAGGAAAUUCAGAAACAAGAAUGCCCAGAGGCUAUGGAAGUUGAAACCAGUGUGAUUAGUAUUGAUUCCCCUCAGAAGCUGCCAGUACUUGACCAAGAAUUAGAACAUAAGGAUCAGGAAGCUUGGGAAGAAGCAACUUCAGAAGACUCCAGUGUUGUCAUUGUAGAUGUGAAGGAGCCAUCUCCCAGAGUUGAUGUUUCUUGUGAACCUUUGGAGGGAGUGGAGAAAUGUUCAGAUUCCCAGUUGUGGGAGGAUGUUGCUCCAGAAAUAGAACCAUGUACUGAGAAUAGAUUAGAUCCCCAGGAAGAAAAGAGUAUAGAAUACGAGGGAGAAGUGAAAUCGGCAACUACAGAAAAGGAACCUGUAGAGGAAGACUCUCCACAUCUUCCCUUGCCUUUAGUGAGAGCAGAUGAACCUUCCAGACCUGACCAGGAAAUGAAACAGACCCAACCUCAAGAGAAAACAGAUAACUCAUUAACAGAAGACUCAAAAAUGGCUAAUGCAAAGCAGUUAGGCCCAGGUAUAGAUGCCCAGCAGCUUGACAAGGCCUCGGCUCAUGUUUCACAAAGCUUCUGUGAAAGUUCUAGCGAAACCCCAUUUCAUUUCACUUUGCCUAAAGAAGGUGAUAUUAUCCCACCAUUGACUGGCGCAACCCCACCUCUUAUAGGGCACCUAAAAUUGGAGCCCAAGAGACAUAGUACUCCUAUUGGUAUUAGCAACUAUCCAGAAAGCACUGUAGCAAACAGUGAUGUCAUGUCUGAAAGUAUGGUUGAGACCAAUGAUCCCAUACUUGGGAGUGAAAAAGGGGCUGCUCCAGAAGUGGAUGAGAAACUGUGUCUGAGAAUGAAACUGGUCAGUCCGGAGACAGAGGCCAGUGAAGAGUCUUUGCAGUUUAGCCUGGAAAAGCCUGCAACUGGUGAAAGAAAAAAUGAGUCUGCUGUUGCUGAGGCUGUUGCCAGUCCCCAGAAGACCAUGUCCGUGUUUAGCUGUAUUUGUGAAGCCCGACAAGAGGAUGAGACUGUGGGUGAGGAUCCCACCUCUGUACCCAUCAGGGGGAACUUACUCCAUUUUCCAAGUACUCAAGAAGAAGAGGAGAAAGAAAAAUUGGAAGUUGAUCAAAGGAUCAGGCAGAGUGAACAGCCUAUGAAGCCCAUCAGUCCUGUUGAGGAUUCUGCCUCUCUUGCCUCACAUCAGAGGAUCACACAGGGGCCAUCCAGCCCUCAAGAAGAAGCGAUGGAGUUGGAUGUACAAGAAGUCCAGAAAGGACAGAAUACCAAUCAGGAAAAAUCUAGUAAGGCCUUGAUUGAAAGGCCUACCCAAAAUAAUAUAGGAAUCCAGACCAUGGAACAUUCUCUGUGGGUCCCAGAAACAGUUUCAGCUGCAACCCAGACAGUAAAGAAUGUAUGUGAGCAGGGGACCAGUACUGUGGAUCAGACCUCUGGAAAACAAGAUGCCACCGUGCAGACUGAGAGGGGAAGUGGUGAGAAACCAGUCAGUGCUUCUGGGGAUGAUACAGAGUCGCUCCAUAGCCAGGGGGAAGAAGAGUUUGAUAUGCCUCAGCCUCCACAUGGCCAUGUCUUGCAUCGCCACUUGAGAACAAUCCGUGAAGUGCGUACAGUUGUCACCCGUGUCAUCACAGAUGUAUAUUAUGUGGAUGGAACAGAAGUAGAAAGAAAAGUUACUGAGGAGACUGAAGAACCAAUUGUAGAGUGUCAGGAGUGUGAAACUGAAGUUUCCCCUUCACAGACUGGGGGUUCCUCAGGUGAUCUGGGGGAUAUCAGCUCCUUCUCCUCAAAGGCAUCCAGUUUACACCGCACGUCAAGUGGGACAAGUCUUUCAGCCAUGCACAGCAGUGGCAGUUCAGGGAGAGGAGCCGGACCACUCAAAGGAAAAACCAGUGGGACAGAACCUGCAGAUUUUGCCUUACCCAGCUCUCGAGGAGGCCCAGGAAAACUGAGUCCUAGAAAAGGGGUCAGUCAGACAGGGGCGCCGGUGUGUGAGGAGGAUGGUGAUGCAGGCCUUGGCAUCAGACAGGGAGGGAAAGCUCCAGUCACGCCACGUGGGCGCGGGCGAAGGGGCCGCCCACCUUCUCGGACUACUGGAACCAGAGAAACAGUUGUGCCUGGCCCAUUGGGCAUAGAGGACAUUUCUCCCAGCAUGUCACCAGAUGAUAAAUCCUUCACCCGAAUUGUGCCCCGUGUGCCAGAUUCUACGAGACGUGCAGACCUGGGUGCUAGCGCUUUGCGUCGUAGUGAUUCUCCAGAGAUUCCUUUCCAGGCUGCUACUGGCUCCUCUGAUGGCUUAGAUGCAUCCUCUCCAGGGAACAGCUUUGUAGGGCUCCGUGUUGUAGCCAAGUGGUCAUCCAAUGGCUAUUUUUACUCUGGGAAAAUCACACGAGAUGUUGGAGCUGGGAAGUAUAAAUUGCUCUUUGAUGAUGGGUACGAGUGUGAUGUGUUGGGCAAAGACAUUCUUUUGUGUGACCCCAUCCCGCUUGAUACUGAAGUGACGGCUCUCUCGGAGGAUGAGUAUUUCAGUGCAGGAGUGGUGAAAGGGCAUAGGAAGGAGUCUGGGGAGCUGUACUACAGCAUUGAAAAAGAAGGCCAAAGGAAGUGGUAUAAGCGAAUGGCUGUCAUCCUGUCCUUGGAGCAAGGAAACAGGCUUAGAGAGCAAUAUGGACUUGGCCCAUAUGAGGCAGUGACACCUCUCACAAAGGCAGCAGACAUCAGUUUAGACAAUUUGGUGGAAGGUAAGCGGAAACGGCGCAGUAACAUCAGCUCUCCAGCUACUCCCACUGCCUCCAGCAGCAGCAGCACAACCCCUACCCGUAAGAUCACAGAAAGUCCUCGCGCCUCCAUGGGUGUUCCCUCAGGCAAAAGAAAACUUAUCACUUCUGAAGAAGAAAGGUCCCCUGCCAAGCGAGGCCGCAAGUCCACCACUGUAAAACCUGGUGCAGUGGGGGCAGGAGAGUUUAUGAGCCCCUGUGAGAGUGGAGACAACACAGGUGAACCUUCUGCCCUGGAAGAGCAGAGAGGACCUUUACCCCUCAACAAAAGCUUGUUUUUGGGCUAUGCCUUUCUCCUCACCAUGGCCACAACCAGUGACAAGUUGGCCAGCCGCUCCAAAUUAUCAGAUGGUCCUACAGGAAGCAGUGAGGAAGAAGAGGAAUUUUUAGAAAUUCCUCCUUUCAACAAGCAGUACACAGAAUCCCAGCUUCGAGCAGGAGCUGGCUAUAUCCUUGAAGAUUUCAAUGAAGCCCAGUGUAACACAGCCUACCAGUGUCUCCUAAUUGCGGAUCAACAUUGUCGAACCCGGAAGUACUUUCUGUGCCUUGCCAGUGGGAUUCCUUGUGUGUCUCAUGUCUGGGUCCAUGACAGUUGCCAUGCCAACCAGCUUCAGAACUACCGUAAUUAUCUGCUGCCAGCUGGGUACAGCCUUGAGGAGCAAAAAAUUCUGGAUUGGCAACCACGUGAAAACCCCUUCCAGAAUCUCAAGGUACUCUUGGUAUCAGAUCAACAGCAGAACUUCCUGGAGCUCUGGUCUGAGAUCCUCAUGACUGGAGGGGCAGCCUCUGUGAAGCAGCACCAUUCAAGUGCCCAUAACAAAGAUAUUGCUUUAGGGGUAUUUGAUGUGGUGGUGACAGACCUCUCAUGCCCAGCUUCGGUGCUGAAGUGUGCUGAAGCAUUGCAGCUGCCUGUGGURUCCCAAGAGUGGGUGAUCCAGUGCCUCAUUGUUGGGGAAAGAAUUGGAUUCAAGCAGCAUCCAAAAUAUAAACACGAUUAUGUUUCUCACUAAAGAUACUUGGUCUUACUGGUUUUAUUCCCUGCUAUUGUGGAGAUUGUGUUUUAACCAGGUUUUAAAUGUGUCUUGUGUGUAACUGGAUUCUUUGCAUGGAUCUUGUAUAUAGUUUUAUUUGCUGGACUUUUAUGAUAAAAUAAAUGUUGAAUCUCUUUGGUUGUAGUAAUUGGGAUUUCUUCA